CAAGCACUAACAAAUAGUCGACUACGUGCGUACAUAAUUUAAGGUAAAUACUAACAGACACUUGACUGACAAAAGUAAAAUCCGGAAUGCCCUUUUUGGGGAGAGACUGGAGGUCUCCGGGCCAGCACUGGGUUAAGGAUGCGCAGAAGAGCGAAUGGGUGAAGAUGGAUCUGGUGCGUAGGAAGGUGCUCGUCGACAUCCACGAAGAAACUUGCACCAGGAAGAACAUAGAAAUAUUACGUAGGCCGCUGUGCGAAAUUAAAGACAACAAAGAUGAAACUGCCAAACCUCAGCCAUACGUCAUCAUCAAGCAGCCAAUGAAAACGUCAGUAGCAGAGGCGUUGGUGAAGUUAGGCGUGGCGGAAAGUGUCAAGGACAUUCGGAAGGUCAAUUAUAUAUGCAAGUUGAUGCAGGAGCUGGUAAGGAAUCAGAUGACGUCAUUAAGUGGGUCAGCUCAGAAGUACACCAUGAAGGUCAUCGAACAAAUCAUCGCCAACUGCAUUUCUAACAACUAUCCCAGCAAAAAAGCCGUGAGUGACCUUUUAAAUGACCUCGAAACUACUCUGGUAACUGGUUUUUAUAAUCACGUGGGUAGCGCUUCGUUGUGGGAGGAGCACCACAAGAAACUUGAUUGGCUAAAGAAGAUACUCCAGCCAGCCUAUCCUGACAAAGAUGCGAAACAAACCAGUUUAGAGGAAAAAUAUGCAGACGUGGAUCACUUGGAAAACAAGUUGACCUUGAAAGACCUGCCGUUAGAAAUGUUGCACGAGGUCAUGGCCAAACUGACGAACCACGAAGAUCUCAACAACACCAUUGAAGCUGUUUUCAGCAGGCAACCGCUGGAAGAAGAAGAACUGCCACCGCAACAGCAGCAACACCAGGGUCUGCAACAACAACAACAACAUGACCAACAAAAAAACAGCAUCUUGUACAGAAACCUAAUAAGUUUCCAUUUUCCGGAUAAAACAAAAUGGCGAACUGUUUUGAGAAGAAAGGAAGAAUCAGUGGACGAGUUGACAUCGUACGAGCUCUACAUGAGACUGCUAAGACGCUACGGACCCAGAGAAACAUACGCGGACAUGCUGAAUCAGUGCAGACACUGUCAAGCUCUCUACUGGGCAGGUCAAGGUCAUCCUUGCUUUGUGAAUAACGUUAGCCCCGUUUCCAGACCGAUCCCUCCUCAUCUAUUGGCUGACCUGUUUGUUGCUUGACCUGAAUGUUCACUGCAAAUUAUUUUUCCACCACGGCAAAACAAUCAAUAUUAAUUUUUUUUCAUUAGAUAGACUGCAUCGUAUUAUAUUUAUAUAAUAUAAAAACUAUUUCAGUGGUAUUGUGAUAACUAUUUUUAUUCAUACGCUCGUGUUAUUUUAUUUCCUUUCCUUUACUUUUUUAUUUUGGCUUCUUCGAAUCAAUAUAUUUUUGUGUCCACAGACACAUUUUAAACAUUUUAUAUUAUACAAGCCUCGAGUUUCUUAUGUGCGAUCAUAUAUGCGAUCAUAUAUAUUCAUGUGUGCGAUUGAUCAAACGUAUGGUUAAAGAACUUAUGUGGGUGAGCGAUUUAUUUUAUACGAACUUAUGACAGAUGUCUCGUGGAUGAAAAUGAAAGAUAAUUUUUAUAUUUUCUCACUCCUUGUUUUUAUAAACAUAUUUUUUAUGAGAGGUUUUCAUUUAUGAACAUACUCAUUGUUUUUAUAAACAUAUUUGCUUCUUAUGCUUUCAUUUAUGUACGUACUUCUCCAUUGGUUGCCGAUCAUUUUCAUGUGAUUUUUAUUUCACACCGAAGACAAUAGCUGUGUCGAUCUUGACACGUUUUUUUUGUUUCUGCUCUCAGUUUGUCUCUUGCAUAUUCUUACGAUUUUACUUCUUUUGCGUUACAUGGCAACGAAAACAGUGAUAUUAUUAACGGAAAUUUAUAUUUUAAUUCGUUUUUUAAUUUAAUUUUAAUUUAUUUCAUUUUAUUAUUUUAUUUUAUUAUUUUAUUUCAUUUUAUUAUUUUAUUUUAUUUCACAUUACCCCACGAUAAGCUCAAAAGAUUCGUCAAGCUAGAAAAAUUUUUAAAAACGAA